AUGCACAAUCGAGAUUCUAAGAAAUACCUGUUGAUUGUGACAAUACCUCCGGGAGUAGGGAAGCGACUUCUGCAGGAGGGAAAUGAUCCUGACAAGCAGUUCGAGAGCUCCCCGGCGACACCUGGUACCGAAGGUCUCCACGUAAACGACAGGAUUCAAAUCGCGAAGCUUCCAGCAGAAACAAACCCAGACACCCCCUCCCCCCACGACUCCUCCGGGGCAACCUCGCGGUUUAGAAAGCAACAGAUCCUCCCGCGCGGGCAGGCAGGCGGCACUCCAGGAAUGUUUUCACCAAGAGGGGUCUCCCCGCAGCCUGCAGGGAACCCCCGACGCCGAGGAGCGCCACCACGCGAACCCCGACUCCAGCACCCCAGGCGGAAGGGGUUAUUUGCACAAAGCGCCCCCCCCCCACCCCCAAGGUUUAGACACACUCCCGGCAGCGAGGGGGAAGCCCGGAGGAAAAAAACCCGCAUUCCACGCCUUCCGCCUCCGGAAAGGGGCCGCGGAGAGGCUGGGGCCCCGGCUGAGAGCAGGGGUCCGCGCAGCAGCCCCCGGCCUCCGCGCUGUAGAGCCAUCAGCGAGGGCUUCGCGGCGGAGGAAGGGAUCCCUGAGCUUCGUCCACCGGGUCCUCCGCCAGCGGGACUCACCAUCCCGGCCAAGACCCUCAAAGAGACGCGAACAAUGAGAAGCCACCUUCCCCGCCCCGAGAGCGGCUGGGGGCGGCGACGCCAUGUCCCCUCACACCCCCGCGGACACACACCCCCGGGCCGCCGUCGGCCCUUGGGACCAGCCGCCCGCACGGCCCCGCCGCCGCUCCCGUGCCCUUAG